CUGUCUCUGUUUCAUUUUUUUUUCUCUCUCUCUCUUGCUUAUCUUUAACCAAAAGAAAAGAAAAGAAGAUGAAGAAAGAGUCAUUCAAAGUGUGUUUCUGUUGUGUAAGAAGCUUUAAGGUGAAAUCAAGUGAGCCACCAGAAGAAAUCAAGAACCUUUUCCAUGAGUACUCCAAAGACGAAAGGAUGUCUGCUGAUGAGUUGCUCAGAUUCGUUAUCCAAGUUCAAGGAGAGAAACACGCUGACAUAAGCCACGUCAAGGAUAUAUUCCACUUGCUCAAACAUCACGGUGUUUUCCAUCCUCGUGGGCUUCAUCUUGAAGGCUUCUACCGUUAUCUCCUUAGUGAUUUUAACUCUCCAUUGCCUCCGGCCCGCGAGGUUUGGCAAGAUAUGAAUCUGCCAUUGUCGCAUUAUUUCUUGUACACGGGACAUAACUCUUACUUGACUGGGAAUCAGCUGAACAGUGAUAGCAGCAUAGUUCCGAUUGUUGAAGCUCUCAGAAAAGGAGUUCGUGUCAUUGAGCUUGAUUUAUGGCCUAGCUCUUCUGGAAAAGAAGCUGAAGUUCGUCACGGCGGG